UUUUUCUUCCCUCUACAAGUCCCAGCUCUUUCCUAGCGUCUUCUUCCUUCUCCUGAUCACUUAUGCGUAGUUUUACCUUUUCCAUCUUUGCUGCGCCUUGCUCAGCUCAGCCCCGCCCACUUUAAGGCCCUUCCACCAGAGGCCCCCCCUCCAGGUCCCGCCUUCCGGCGAGGUCCCGCCUUCUGCUCUGUUUCCUGCCAAUCACAGGGAGGCCAUUUGAUCGCCCGCCCCCAAGCUCACGCCGAGGCCGGUUGCUGCCUGCCGGAGAGGCCAGGCUGAGGCAGGAUGGAGUCUGUGGCCCGCUGCUUCUCGGAAGAGCAGUUCCAGGAGGUCUGCGCCGAGCUCCAGCAGCCGGUUUUGGCCGGGGCCGACUGGGAGCUGCUGGUGAAUGCCUCGGGCCUCAGUGUGUACCGGCUGCUGGACAAGCAGACUGGACUUUAUGAGUAUAAAGUCUUCGGUAUUUUAAAGGACUGCCUACCAGCUCUGCUCAUGGAUGUCUAUAUGGAUUUAGACUACAGAAAACAGUGGGACCAGUACGUUAAAGAAAUCUGUGAAAAAGAAUGCAACGGAGAGACUGUGACAUACUGGGAAGUGAAGUACCCCUUUCCUAUGUCCAACAGAGACUAUGUCUACAUCCGGCAGCGGCGAGACCUGGACGUGGAUGGGCGGAAGUUCUACGUGGUCCUGGCAGAGAGCAUCUGUCUGCCUGAGUUUCCCGAGAAGUCGGGUGUGAUCCGGGUAAAUCAGUACAAGCAGAAGCUGGCGAUUGUCCUCCAGAGAAACAUAAUCGACAAGGAGUCGAAGAAGUCCCAGGCUCUGGAGUCUUCAAUCUGGAAAAGUCCACAGUGCAGUUCUCGUCCCCAAAUUGGCAAGCUAGAGACUCUAGAGGAGGCUGCAUUUCAUUUUCUCAGAUUCUGA